AUGCACCACUGUCUCAUUAUGACCAUUGCUCUUAGUCUCCUAACCCCCUUGAUUGAGUCCAGGCACUGCUACUAUUGUAACAUCACUAACUCUGGAAAUUGCCUGGGUGUCCAGAUAACUUGUGCAGAAGAGUAUGAUUGUUACAUAGGCCGUGGUGCAGUCCUUGGCCUCCCAACAGUCAUCAAGAAGGGCUGUGUGGAACCGAGCCACUGUGGACAAGAGCAACAGAUCCCGUACAUGGGCACCACCUACAGUCUCAUUACCUACUGCUGUCAUUCAGAGCUAUGCAACAUGAACGUUCAAGCUCGAAACAGGACUUUCAUCAAUGUAGCUGUUUCUGCUGCCACCGCCAACCUGUCUGCUAAGGAUGUCCUGAUAGCGCUGCUUUUAUUUCUGCUCUGA